ACGAAAAUCCAGACUAGAAAGAUGGAGGCUUUCUUUGUUUGGGAUGCUGUUCGGGGAGAUUUUUGGCCAGUAUAAAUAGCUGAAAGUUUUCCUAGAUCUGCACAGUCAAAUUUCGACAGUGAUUUGAUAAACGUUCGGAAAACAUCAUGAAGUUCUUCAUCGUUGCACUGGCCCUUGUUGCCAUGGUCGUUGCCGAGGAGGAUGACUCCAAGUACUCCACCCGGUACGAUGCCAUCAACCUGGACGAGAUCCUGAAGUCGGACCGGCUCUUCAAGAACUACUGGAAGUGUCUGCUCGAGGAAGGUCCUUGCACUGCUGAGGGUAAAUAUUUGCGUAUGAUCCUGCCGGAAGCCCUCGAAACCAACUGUGCCAAGUGCAGCGAGAAGCAGCAUGAUGACGGAAUCCGCACUAUCAAGUACAUGACCGAACACUGGCCAAUGGAAUGGCAACAGCUGAAGACCAAGUACGAUCCCGAGAACAUUUACGUCGAACGUUACCUGGAAAAGGCCGAGAAGGCUGAAAUUAAACUGUAAACGGAACACUCGGACUGGAAACUUUGGCAUGUGAAAAU